AAAUAAUCAAACAUGGUCCCUAACAUCAAUUUAGUUUCUAAAUCACAAACGUUUUUAUUUUGUUGCACUAACAAAUAAUUUCCACGAUGUUGUCUGAUGUGGGAGGAGGCAGAGGCUGGGUUCCCGGUGCGUCCACCCGCCGUGUCCAUAGCACCACGCCCGCGGGUAGGCGCUUCUAGUGUGAGCCACGGAGCUCGAUGCGACAGGAGCCACACCUGACGAGCGCGACCUACCUGCCCACAGUUUACCGCACACCAGCGCGGCAACAUGGGGAUCUCGGGGUCCAGUCUGCUGGAUGAGAACAAAUCCAAUUUCAUCAAAGGUCGAGCCCAGCAGGAGCUUGAUGCCUUCAGCGUGCUCUAUAAGCAGCAGUACUCAGUGGAGUACUGCAACAAGAUACGGGACGAGAUGAACCAGCAGGAGGAGCAGCGGACACAGCUGCUCAAACAAAGGGAGCCUCUGAAGGACGGGGAGAUACUGUAUGAGGAGCAUGUGCUCUACUUCGAUGACACCAGGAAGUGGCGUGAACGCUAUGUGGUGGUGCGGGCCAAUUACAGCCUCGAGUGCCAUGAGAGCUACGAGACUUUCGUCAAGGGCGUGCCAGCUCGGCACAAGCUGCUGCCCACGGGGGGCGUGGUGCUGACCACGGAGGAGAAGUACAUGGCGCUGGUGGACCAGUGCUUCCCCGACGCCAACCAUGAGAAGGAAGACUUUGCUCCACCGGUGAUCGGUAUGCCGGGACAGUUCCCUGUGUACCUGCGUCUGCCCUACAGGAGAGACUCCUACUUCUGCUUCAAACAGGAGGCCAGGCAAACGGGCUUCCUCGCCAUCCUCAACGACUGCAUACGCCACCAGAACCAGGACUUCCUGAAGAAGGGCACGGUGGAGGUGAAGGCCUUCCUGAGAGCGCUGAAGCAGCACAGGCAGCACAAGGGCCAGUACGAGUCCUGGGACAUGCUGAUCGGCAGCGACGCACGGGUUCUGUCCAACUUAUUGAUGGAGGACUUAUAUCCAUCUCUGGAGAAAGAGAUGCUGCCCAAGCUGAAGGCUAAGAAGGCUAAGAAGAGGGUGUGGUUUGCUACGGUGGAAGCUGCCUAUUUGCUGAUUCAGGGGCAUCUCCUGGAGGGCCUGACCACUCUGAAGGAGGCGUGCAAGACCAGUGCCAGCCAACAGGAGGUGCUGCUGCGCUCAGACAUGGACCAGAUCACCAGCUCUAAAGCAUUCCUGCAGAACAAACUCACAGCCAUGGUGACGGCUCCAGCGGAGCGGCACUGCUCUGAGCACGUGCAGCCGUUCCUGGUGUCCGUGCUGGAGGAGCUGAUGGAGCCGGUCAGCUCGGGCUUCGACGAGGCGCGGCUACUAGGGGCCAACACCAUGGAGGAGCUGUGCCAGGCCUUCCAGGAGGGCGCCGAGAAGGACGAACUCAAGACGGCGCUGGCCGGGAUGAGCAAGGCCAAUCUGCAGACGUGCUACCAGAGGGUGAGCAGCCUGCAGGACCAGCUGAAGGAGCUGCAGCAGAGAUUCAACUACACCAACGUCAUAGGCCUCGUCCACAGUACACAGAUCGACCUGCAGGAGCUGCCAAAGUUUGAGCAGUACAUCUUUGCUGAUCAUGCUCCAUUCAUCACCGUUGAGAAUGUCUACGAGGGCAUACUGCUGCAGGUCCUGGAGACAGAGGUCUCUAAAGUGGUGAAAGAGGCUGUCAGUAUGAAGCGGUACAACCUGAUCUCCGAGCUGAGCAGGGAGCACUUCAGCCAGUCCAGUAUCUACUCCCUGCGCUCCACCCCUCCCGGCUCCACGCCGGGCAGCCCUGCCAGGGUGGGCAGCCUCCUGAGCCGCCAGCCCCAGCCCACCUCACCGCUCCUGGGCAAUGGCAGCGAGGGAAGCCCCUGCACCAGCGCGCCCUGCAGCCCCGUCUCCGAGGAGGAGGAUGAGAGCAGCCCGGAAACCAAGCCAGAUGCAGCAGCAGCGUCUGAGCAGGCAGAGGUGGGGGAGACGCUAGCGCCCGCUCGGGUGAAUCCUCCGGCCAGGGAAGGCGAGAGUCCCGGUACGGCCGGUGCCGGUGCCGCCGCGGCAGCAGCUGAGCAAGCCACCAGUCCCGUUGUCGAGUCUGUUAACGCAAUGACAAAGGAACCUGUGGCAGAGAGUGUGACACCGGAACACGAUGCCCCUGUAACCACGGAGACCGCUGCCGUGGAAAUAGCUAGUGCUAUAACAGAGGAAACGGUGGCAGCCACCGUCGUGGCUGAUGUCAUAUCUUCGGUCUCCAAGGAGAUGGCUGAAGUUCCGCCGAGUGCCGUUACCACAGAAACGACGGCCGACGAAGGCCAGGCUGCUGUAGAGAGUUCAGACACGGCUAACACAAUCGCUACACAAACAUCAUUCGACAUUCCCGCGCUGCCUGCAACUGUGAGCGCCCCAGUGACUGAAGCGCAUGUACCAGACAAGCUGCCCGAGGAGGCUGCAGUUGCCGCAGAGCCCCCCAGUCAGGUGGAGGUCCCUGAGGGUAGCCCCACACCCGUCUCCCCUGCUCCGGCUGAGGCCUGUGUGGAUCCCCCUGCGGCUGCGCCCGAAAACGCUGACACUGCUGAGGACAGCAAGGCAGAUGCUGAGGAGAGCCCUCCAUCUGUCACUCGGGAGACUGUUGCCCUGGAGAUGAGCGUAGAUGCCACAGGGGAGAACGCUGUGCCUGAAAGUGACCCUUCCUUGACCUCCGACCCUGCUGUGGAGGUCAUCACUGCCAGUGAGCCUUUGCCAGGUGACGCUGAGGUGGAGCUGAGCGUGGAUGCCAAGCCUGUGGCAGUGAAAUUGGGCGUAGAAGAGUGCAUAGUGGUGGAAUGUAUUGACGACCGUUCACCAGUAGGGGUGGAGACGUUGGUGGAUGAGGUGACCGUCAAACCCGACGACGCCACCGAGGUCACGGAAAUAGAGCUGGUCGUGGAUGACGGGGAAGCCGCCGCUGACCCGAGCGACACGGACGAGCCUCAGCCGGAGGCGGGCGAGACGCAGGUGGAGGAGUCUGUAGACGCCGAGUCCGCAGCGCCCAGUGCUGCCGAUCGCGCGUCAGCCGAGGUGGAAGAGCGCGCAGAUGUCGAGGCUGCCCCGGCCGGCGCCGCUGACUCCAGAUCAGCUGAGGUGGAGGAAUGCGUAGACCCCAAGGAGAGCGGCACAGAGGGGACCGCGCCUGACCGCGGCACAGAUCAACGCACGGCACCGGAGGAACCGGCGGAACCAGCUGGUCCUGAGGCCAGGGACGAGGCGCCUUCAGCUGGGGAGACCGCCAAUGUCAUGGACAGCGUGAAGGAGAUCCGUGACCUGAUCGUGGAGGUCAUCGAGGUGGAGGAACCUGUGCGGCAUUACUCACAAAGCCCCAGUGAAUGAGAGUCAAAAACGGCCAAAUGUGACUCAGCAAAAAGAGUGGAGAGAACUGCAAGGCAUGCACUGUUACAACAUAAACCCUGGACCAAGCAUUCCUUUUUGUCACGGUUGUGGAUAUCAAUCCAACCUCCCCCACUGAUCUUUAUCUGGACUGACACUGACAAUGGCUAAUUCACCAACUAUCACACUACCAGUCAGUUCUGUUCCUUCUGAAAACUCAGUGAGUCUAGCCACCCCACCCCACCCCCCACCCCCGUUUAGAUCAGUGAACAGAUACUUGUUUAGGAUCUGGAGAAAGUCAUAAAAUGUUUUGAUUAAACCAAGCAUAUAGUUUGGCUAUUUGGCUAUAAAGGGAUAUUCAGAGGAUUUUAACUGAAUGUGCGUGGGAUCUGUAGGUAGUUUAGUUAUUAUGGUUAAUACAUUUAUUUAAUUAUAUAUGUGAGGAAUUUGUACAGACUACCAAGUGAUUCAUUAGGGUCUUUAAAUCAUUUUUCCCUCAAAAGCGUGUUGGAUUUCUACAGCUAAUUUGUCGUUAUGAAGGAAAGUGACCUUAAUCUUUGUGAAGAAAACACCACAACACUUUUAAUGCAUUUACAUGUCAUUUAUGUAGUCGUCCAUUGCCUGUUUUAAGGAAAUAUUUCAUUGUGUGCGUUUACAUGUAAGAGAACAUUGCCUUAUGCAGCCAAAGGUAUGCUUAUGUGUGGUUUUCAUCUGUCCUUAUGCUUUAUAAUCUCUAGCAUUUGAAGAAUGGUGAGAUUUUAGGUCUUGUGAUUCUGAUUGUUAUUGGAGAUGGCUUUUCGUCAUUCUGCAACUUGACCAAAUCGUCUCUUGUGUUUGUAUUACAUGAAGUACAUGGAUCAUCAACAGGUGAAGCAUUUGGAUGCGUGGGAUCCUGUGUGGCUACAGUACAUUUAUAAGACCCAUGUAUGUAUGGAUGGAUGUAUGUAUGUGUGUGCACAUGACAUUCUGCUGCCUUCUGAAUGAUAGAAUGACUUAACAAUGUGUGACUUUCCCUGUUGAGUUGAUUCACAAUACACUUGUAGCCACGCCCUGCCCUGGGCGGCCUAGAAUUCCACAGUAAAAAGCAACACACCCGGAAAACUUGAAGCCCGCCAUUCCAGUCAUUCUGCAGAGUCCAGAGCGGUCACCUUUCUUCUAACAGUGUGUGUGUGUGUGUGUGUGUGUGUGUGUGUGUGUGUGUGUGUGUGCGUGGACACUAGAUAUCUCAAGCAGUGUGAAAAUAGUGCUGGUUAGAUAAGUUUUAGUUUACAGUCAUAAGAGUUGCAGCUUUAAUUGUUUUUUUUUGUGGUUGAAACUAUGCAAUGAAACCGUUCCCUCACCAGUUUGCCUCUGGGACACGUCCUUGGCAGAGCAACAGGAUCCGGCCUAUACACCUGACCUCAGUUCAGAUUAUCGUCCCACAGUUUGCCAUGUAAAAAGAUAACAAACCCAAAUAAAUACGUAACUGAAAUCAGGAUAAA